CCAUCGCAACGUAUCUCACAACGGGAGCAGAAUCCACCGCCGCAGCCCCAGUGAGCACUUCCACAGCUGAGACGAAAACUGCAGCUACCUCUACGUUAGCAGAGACAUCCACUUCUGCUCGUCCAACCUCCUCCCUGGCUGAGCCCACAGCAUUAAUUAGCAUUUCCACAUCACAGCCAACCACGAUCAUUCUGCCUGCAAGUGCAACAUCUGUUAUGACCGUUGCAGGCACCACCGCAACAGCAGAAACAUCCACAUCUCCUCUAGAGACCACUUUCCCAGGUGAGACUACAGCAUUACUUGGUAACAGGACAGUAGAGGGGAUGACCAUUGUUGCUCUUCCUACCACUUCACUAUCUCAGAGCACAGCUGCAGCCACUUCUACUAUACUAGAGACAUUCACAUCUCCUGUAGAAACCAUAUCUCCAGCUGAGGCGACAGCAAUAACUAGUACCACUACAACUGAAGGGACAACGAAACUUCCCCUUUCUGCAAGGACACAACCUGAAAGCACAGCUGCACACACCUCUACCAUGGGAGUAACCCCCACCUCUCCUCUAGAGACGACUUCUGCAGCUCAAACUACAGCAAUGACUAGUAGCACUAGAAGUGAAGAGACAACCACGCUUCCCCUUCUUACAACUUCAGAACCUGGGAGCACAGCUACAUCCAAAACAACUUUUCAAGAGACCUCCACAACUCCUCUAGAAACCACAACCCCAACAGAGAGGACAACAAUAACUAGUACCACUGGAGCUGAAGUGACAACCACAUUUUCCCUCCCUACAACUUCACAAGCGGAAAGCACAGCUAUAGCCAGCUCUAUCACAGCAGAAACAUCCACCUCAACUUUCCAGAAAACUUCUGCAGCUGAAACUACAGUAAUAACUAGUACUUCUACAAUCGAGGAGACAACCACUCUUCUUAAUCCCACGACUAAACUGCCUGUGAGCACAGCUAAUGCCACCUCAACUGCGCCAGAAACCACGUCAGUUAUGCUAAAGACCACUUCCCCAGCUGAGACUACACCAAUAAAUAGUAGUUCUACAGUAGAAGGCACAACCACCCUUCCCCUUCCUAGCACUUCACAACCUGAAACCAGUGCUGCAGGCACCUCUACCAUAGGAAUAACCUCCACCUCUCCUCCAGAGACGACUUCUGCAGCUCAAACUACAGCAAUGACUAGUAGCACUAGAAGUGAAGAGACAACCACGCUUCCCCUUCUUACAACUUCCGAACCUGGGAGCACAGCUACAGCCACCUCAAGGUUUCCAGAGACCUCCACAACUCCUGUAGAAACCCCAACCGCAACAGAGAGGACAACAAUAACUCGUACCACUGGAGCUGAAGUGACAACCACACUUUCUCUUCUUGCAACUUCACAACCUGAAAGCACAACUGCAGCAAGCUCAACUGCUCCAGAAACAACCAAAGUUACAGACGACUUCCGCAGCUCAAACUACAGCAAUGACUAG